CAGUCCGAAGCAUCUCACGGGUAUGGUGCUUACCUCACAGGUAAGGCUGAAGGAUACCGAGACGGAAAAUGCAGAAAAGUGUUCGAUAUAAUGAGGGACACGCUCUGUAUCUCUCCGUGGUCGCGCGCAAAGAGGGCACCAAGCGAGGCCAUCUCAACAAGAAGACGACGGAAAACAGUAAAUGGCACGAGAAGUACUUCGCGCUAUAUCAAAACGUCUUGUUCUACUUCGACACCGAGCAGAGUGCGCGACCAUCGGGCAUCUAUCUGCUGGAGGGAUGCACAUGCGAAAGAGUUCCAGCGCCUAAGGUGUCCACCGUUGGCAAAGAGACACUUGACAAACUGCACUAUUUCCUCAUCGUGUUCGGCCAUGACGGGCAGAAGCCACUGGAGCUGCGCACAGAGGAGGAGGUGGAGUGUGAUGAGUGGGUGGAGCUUAUCCAGCAGGCCAGUUACUCUGACAUCAUCAUCGAGCGGGAGGUGCUCAUGCAGAAGUACAUCCACCUGGUGCAGAUUGUGGAGACGGAGAAGGUGGCAGCCAAUCAGCUGCGCACACAGCUUGAGGACCAGGACACGGAGAUCGAGAGACUCAAAGCUGAGAUCGUGGCCUUGAAUAAAACCAAGGAGAGAAUGCGUCCUUACCAAGUGAACCAGGAAGAAGAUGAUCCAGAUAUCAAGAAAAUUAAAAAGGUCCAGAGUUUUAUGCGUGGCUGGCUGUGCCGGAGGAAGUGGAAAAUCAUUGUCCAGGACUACAUCUGCUCACCCCACGCAGAGAGCAUGAGGAAGAGGAACCAGAUCGUCUUCAACAUGGUGGAGGCCGAGACCGAGUAUGUCCACCAGCUCUCCAUCCUGGUCAACUGCUUCCUCAGGCCACUCCGCAUGGCUGCCAGCUCCAAGAAGCCCCCCAUCAGCCAUGAUGGUGUCAGCAGUAUCUUCCUGAACAGCGAAACCAUCAUGUUCUUACAUGAGAUAUUCCACCAAGGCUUAAAGGCAAGGAUCGCAAAUUGGCCCACACUGGUUUUAGCUGAUCUCUUCGACAUCCUCCUGCCCAUGCUGAACAUCUACCAGGAGUUUGUACGGAACCACCAGUACAGCCUGCAGGUUCUGGCUAACUGCAAGCAGAACCGGGACUUCGACAAGCUGCUAAAGCAGUAUGAGUCCAAUGCAGCCUGCGAAGGCAGGAUGCUGGAGACGUUCCUCACAUAUCCCAUGUUCCAGAUCCCACGAUAUAUUAUAACUCUUCAUGAACUGUUGGCCCACACACCACAUGAGCACGUGGAGCGGAAGAGCCUAGAAUUUGCCAAAUCUAAGCUGGAGGAACUCUCCAGGGUGAUGCAUGAUGAAGUGAGCGACACAGAGAACAUCCGUAAGAACUUGGCCAUUGAACGCAUGAUCGUAGAAGGCUGCGACAUGCUCCUCGACACCAGCCAGACAUUUGUGAGGCAAGGCUCUUUGAUCCAGCUGCCCUCGGUGGAGAGGGGAAAGCUCAGUAAGGUGCGUCUAGGUUCUCUCUCCCUGAAGAAGGAAGGAGAGAGACAGUGCUUCCUCUUCACCAAGCACUUCCUCAUCUGCACCCGCAGCUCUGGUGGCAAGCUGCAUCUGCUCAAACAAGGUGGCGUCUUGUCUCUGAUUGAGUGCACUCUCAUCGAAGAACCUGAUACCAGUGAUGAAGACUCUAAGACCUCAGGGCAGGUGUUCGGCCAUCUGGACUUCAAGAUUGUGGUUGAGCCAACGGACGCUCCUGCCUUCACUGUGGUUCUUCUGUCUCCAUCACGCCAGGAGAAAGCAGCUUGGACCAGUGACAUCAGCCAGUGCAUCGAUAACAUCCGCUGCAAUGGCCUGAUGACUAGUGUGUUUGAGGAGAACUCCAAAGUCACAGUGCCACACAUGAUAAAGUCAGAUGCGCGCCUCCAUAAGGACGACGUGGACAUCUGCUUCAGCAAGACGCUGAACUCGUGCAAGGUGCCGCAGAUCCGCUACGCCAGCGUGGAGCGUCUGCUGGAGCGCCUCACUGACCUGCGCUUCCUCUCCAUCGACUUCCUCAACACCUUCCUGCACACCUACCGCAUCUUCACCACGGCAACCGUUGUCAUGGACAAGCUGGCCGACAUCUACAAGAAGCCCUUCACCUCCAUCCCUGUCAGGGUCCAUUAUCACUCAUUUGACCGCUUGUGCAUGGUAUCCAUCUGCCCAGACUACAGCUUGAAGAUCAGGAACAUAGCCAUGGAUCAAACAAAGUCCCUGGAGCUCUUCUUCGCCAGCAGUCAGAACAGCCGCUCCGGCGGCUCCGGCGGCGAGCCCCCAAACGACAAGUCCCCCCGUCUGUGUCGCAAGUUCUCCUCCCCUCCGCCCCUCGCCGUCCGCUCCCGCACCUCGUCUCCCGUGCGCGCUCGUAAGCUCUCCCUCAACUCGCCGCUGAACUCCAGGAUGGGUGCCCCCGACCUGUCCGGCCUCACCUCUCACUCGGCUGCCAGCAGCCCCACCUCCUCCCAGCCGACCGCUUCGUCUCCGCCCGCCGGCAACCCCGAGUCCCCUGUGGACCAGAGCUGCGUCCAGAGCCCGUCUUUGCCUGAGCAACAGAGCCCUGGGGCCCAGGACGACAGUGCCGACGCGCCCCGCAUCGACGCCCUUAGUGGCAAACUACGGCGCAGCAUCAGAAGGGCUGUGCUGGAAUCAGCCUCGCUGGAUAAAUUUAAUCCAGAGUCCCCGCAAGGCAGCGAAGCAGAAGACCUUUCCCCCUGCCGGUCCCCUUCCACCCCACGGCACCUGCGUUACCGAGGCCCUGGAGUCCCGGCAGCGGAGAACCCGCGCUGCUCCAUGUCUCCGGCCUCGGCGUUCGCCAUCGCCACUGCAGCAGCCGGACACAGCAGCCCUCCAGUUUUCAACAACUCAGAGAGGAUGUGCGACAAGGAGUUCAUCAUCAGGCGGGCAGCAACCAAUCGGGUUCUCAACGUCCUCCGCCACUGGGUGUCCAAACACUCCCAGGACUUUGAGCUGAAUUGUGAGUUGAAGAUGGGCGUGAUGGGCCUUCUGGAAGAGGUCCUGAGGGAUCCUGACCUGCUGCCUCAGGAGAGGAAAGCCACUGCCAACAUACUGAACGCCCUUUCUCAGGACGAUCAAGAGGAUGCCCAGCUGAAGAUAGAGGACAUCUUGCAGAUGGCUGAAUGCCCGAAGGCAGAGUGCUUUGAAUCCCUGUCAGCGAUGGAGCUAGCAGAGCAGAUCACUCUCCUCGACCACAUCAUUUUCCGGAGUAUUCCUUAUGAGGAGUUUCUGGGCCAGGGCUGGAUGAAGACAGACAAGACAGAGAGAACUCCCUACAUCAUGAAGACAAGCCAGCACUUCAACGACAUGAGUAAUCUGGUAGCCUCCCAGAUUAUGAGCCACACAGACAUAGGGUCCAGGGCCAGCUCCAUAGAGAAGUGGGUGACUGUUGCUGACAUUUGCCGCUGCCUGAACAACUAUAACGGCGUUUUGGAGAUCACCUCAGCCCUGAACCGCAGUGCCGUCUACAGGCUAAAGAAGACCUGGGCUAAAAUCAACAAACAGACAAAAGCUCUCAUGGACAAGCUACAGAAGACGGUGUCAUCAGAGGGAAGAUUUAAAAACCUGAGGGAAACCUUGAAAAAUUGUAACCCACCAUGCGUCCCUUAUCUGGGUAUGUAUCUGACUGACUUGGCAUUCAUUGAGGAGGGAACCCCAAACUUCACUGAAGAGGGUCUAGUCAACUUCUCAAAGAUGAGAAUGAUAUCUCAUAUCAUCCGUGAGAUUCGACAGUUUCAGCAAACUCCCUACCGGAUAGAACACCAGACAAAGGUCACCCAGUAUCUGCUGGAUAAGGCCUUGAUCAUGGAUGAAGACACGCUGUACGACUUGUCUCUGAAGAUCGAGCCCAGGCUUCCUGCUUGAGCUCCCCAAGUUUACUCCUCUUCCACCGGGGGGCACUUUCUGGGACAUGGCGUCGAGCUCAUGUUUGGUGCCGGGGUGAAGCCAGGACAUUGGAACAGAGGGCCUGCCAGUGCGGAGGGCAAAGGCUGACUGAGUGAGGAGAACGAAAGUAGUCGCCGAGGUUUGAAUGCUGCAAGCGAGAAGGUCUCCAGUUUACACUGCUGAAUAAAACAUGAGAAGUGGGCGUUACUGCUAUCAUCCAGGGAGCGAGUGCAUGCUAAGGUCAACGCAGCAAAAAGAGGGAGGGGGGACGCUUUUUAAACCCCUGCGGUGAAGAUGGUAUGAGAAGAAAUGUAGCAUGUACAGCGGUAGUCUGUGCUAGACCUUACACAUUGUGUAGCGAUGCCGAGAUCGGUGGCUCAAGGCGUGUAGUCUUAUUGGUCGUGAUGGUGGCAUGAACCAGAUUGCGGGUUCACGCCGUCUUUUUGCCUCGUCAUAAACCUUUCUCCAAGUCUGAGGUCUCCGAGCUGGUUUGCAAAUAAGGACUUGCUUUAUACUUUCUUUUCUGUCAUAUGCUCGCCCCGAUACGUUUGUUGUUGUUUUGCCACAGGACAGUUGCAAUGAACCAAAUCACUAGAUUGUUAUUUCGGAGGGUGAGUUUAUCUCUGAAAACAGUAGAAAUGUAUAGUAGCUGGUUGGAGAUAAUAUUUUAUGCUGUUGGUGCUCAUUAAAUUGAUUUUGUUUCAUAAAGAUCCCCCCUAAAUCAUAUAUGUUAUGAAUAAGCAAAAUAAAUUAUAUAGUUAUUAUUAAAUGCUAAUAUGGUGCCUUCUUCCCACAACACACACAAACCAGUGUUUAACAUAGGAUUUUAAAUAGGAUUUUCUUUUAGCCGCUGUAGCAAACUGAUAUAAAUAUUUUUAAAUGGAUGUCAAAUUGUGACAUCAAAUUUUAGCUUUAAACAUAUUUUUUUGAUUCUGAUUAUAAAUUUAAGAAGCCAAAACUAUUUCAUUAAAAAAAAAAAAGUUUAUAACAUGAUCUAUCUCCGUCAGCAAGGUAUAUUGUUAAUAAAUAAAUAAAUACUCUACAGUAAAUCUGUUAAUCUUUAAAACAAAUUCUUUAACAAUAUCUUUGAAAUGUGACCAGCCUGUAGCAUUGCAGUAAGCAUACAAAUAAUGCUAAGGCCAUACUUUGCAAGUUGAACUUAGGAGUCUGAGCUGAUCCCAUGCUGAAAGUGAGAGACGGUAGUAUGUUCACUUGGCUAAUGCUCGUGGAGAAAACUUUUCCUUUCUCAAUCCGGAAGGAUUACUCCAGUCUGCUGUUAUAGAAAUAUCUGGUUGAUUGAUUACCCUGCAGUGUAUGCUACAAUGGGGCAUCCUUUCUGUAGUUUGCAUGCAAAAGACCUCAUAUGCAUGCUGUAAAACUACAUUGUAAGAGAUUUGUUCGUGCUGAUGUUUCAUAGCUACUGUAUAGUCUCUCAAAACCUCAAAAGAAUGAUGGACAAAUUUUCAUUGAACAACCCCCCCCAUCCCCCCAUUAAGGCUGGAAAUUUCAUAUGCAUAUGUUGACAGAUAACGGUGAAUCUGGCUAUAGAUGUAUAACUACCACUGUGCUGUAUUAAGAUAAUAUUAUGUUUGUCUGACAGAAAUGUAUUCAGUUAGAUUUAUUUCUCUUGUUUGUGUCAAUAUACUGUAAAGGCAAUGGGUUGUCUGAAAUUGGGACAGACCUGCAAUAGGUAGGUUUCAGCCAUGUAGCGUUGCUUAUAUGAGUGGGUAAUUGUAAUAUUUAUUUCCUGACAUAUUUAUUUGAUAUUUUUCUGUAUAUAGUAUGUAGUUUAUGACACUAUGUUAUGGUGAUUUUUUUUUUUUUUAAACCAACUUCUUUUAUUUCUGCAAGCACUAUUAAUGUACUGUUCCACUUUGCAAAACUAGGCAAAAGUAAUGUAGCAUAUCCGAUUGCUUUUCAGUUCUGUGUCUUGUUUUGGUUUUUUUUAGAUUCAAUGAUAAGUAGUUAAACACACAUCGGAUUGGUGUUGUGUACUGCAUGCUGGUGCAUGUCUACUAGGGAUUCCUCGUGUUAAAUGCUUUUCUCGUAUAUGAUCGAUACUGUUUGUCCUCUUGGUGUUAAUUUUUUUUUUCUUACUGAUUCUUGUGGAGAAUGACUGGCUUUGGCACUCCAGUUUUAUGCUUUCAUUUCAAAUAAAAAUGACUAAGAUAUAAA